ACCCUGCCGAAGCAGCUGGAUGCCAGCCCCCCCCCAGCACUGUGCCUUGCUGGGAGCAGGCAAGGCAGCCCCCCAACGAUGGACCCCCAGGCACUGGCCAGGUACCUGGUGCAGCUCCUGGCGCCACGGCCCCAACACAAGCAUGAGCUCCUGGCACGGCUGGAGAGGGCACGGGGCAGCCUGCAGAAUGGGGCGCAGUUGCUGGCAGUGCUGGAGCAGGCAAGUGGGGGCUCAUUGGGGAGGGGGCUCUGCCCCAGGUGCAGCGCGGCUGACCCUGCUGCCCGGCCUGCAGGUGGCACAGCCAGAGCCCGGCGGGCACAGGUAUUGCCUGCGGGAGGAGCUGCUGGGGCAGGUGCAGGAGGACUGGCCUGGCUACACGCCGGCGGAGCGGCAGCUCCUCGCCCAGCUGCUGCACAGGAAACAGGAGCUUGGGGCCUGGGCCGGACCCUCCCUGGCGCCUCGGCAGGAGGGUGCAGAGACCCCAGCGCAGCAGAACACGGGCAAGAAGCCGUGGGGCAUGAAGCGCCUGGCCCUGCCAGCCUCCUGCCGCCCACCACAGCUCAAGAGAGCCCGAGUGGCCGAGGCCUCCCUGGAGUCGUGCCCUGGCAGCCUGCAGGAGCCCAGGCCGGAGCCUGCAAGGGCCCAGCCACAGCCGGAGCAGCCCUCGCGGCCCAGCACGCCCGGGGAGACCUUGAGCUCCGAGGAGGCCGGUGAGGACUGGGAGGAGGGGACGCCGUGCCUGGAGCAGGACCUGGCGGUGCUGGGAGACGGUGGACUCAGGGCCGGCAGCCCAGCCGCCUUCGCAGAGAUCCCGGAUUACUGCCGGAAGUUUGGGGCUAUCCGGUCAGCAGAGCAGUGCCGCGCCUACACUGAGGCCUUCAGCGCUGACUACGCCGAGUACCGCUACCUGCACGCCCGUAUUGGCAAUGUCAGCCGCCACUUUGGCCAGCUGGGUGCCCGCAUCAAGACACUGCAGCGUGGCACGGCCGAGCACAAGGUGAGUGAGGGGCAGCUGGGGGGGGAUGUGACUGCACCCAGCACCGCUGAGCGGCCGCUCCUGCCUGUGUUGCAGGCGGCAGAGGACAGGGUUGUGCAGGAGUACCGGCGCUUCAAGAGGACCUACCCCGGCUACAGGAAGGAGAAGGACCGCUGCGAGUACCUGCACCGCAAGCUCUCCCACAUCAAGGGCCUAAUCCUGCAGUUUGAGGAGGGCCACAGCCCCUAAGGAUAGCUGGGCUGGGG